GUAGCGUGGCAGCGCAGUGCAGCCAUGACCAACUGGCCUGGGAUCCAAGCCACCCUCGUCGCCCUCGUGCGCCCUCACAUCCUCCAACCCGCCCUCCGCGUCCCUUCGAUCGCCUCGCUCGACCUCGCAAAGCUCCGCAACGACGCCCAAGUCGACGCCGUCGUCAUCGACAAGGACAACUGCAUCGCCCAACCACGCUCCGACUCGCUCGCCGACGACCCAAACCUCCGUCGAGCCUGGCAAGACCUCGUCGACACCUUUGGGCCCGCCAACGUCCUCGUCGUGUCCAACUCGGCAGGCGACUCGAGAAAGGACCCGCUCACCAUCCAGGCUCAAGCCCUGUCGCGCAACCUCGGCGUACCCGUCCUCGUCCACCCGAGCCCGAAACCCGCCCACGCCUGCGUCCACCAGGUCGCGGCCCACUUUCUCGCCAGCCGCGACCACCUCGCGCGCCCACCUGCGCACGACGACCAUGUCGGUCUGUCGACUACGACGGCCCAGGUCGGCCAGGUCGUCUUCUCGCCCCUCGCACGCGCCCGCCUCGCGUCGUCCCCCUCCCCCUCCUCCUUCCAACAACACGCCCCUUCUCCCGCCGACGCCCUCCCCCACCGCCGCAAGCGCACCCGCAUCCUCGUCAUUGGCGACCGCCUCGCGACCGACAUGGUCCUCGCCCACCGCCUCUCGGCCCUCACCCUCCCACUCGCCCUCCCCUCGUCCGCUUCCUCCCCCUCGUCCUCCAUCCUCGGCCUCCUGCGCCGACGCACCACCCGCCGCACCCUCGGCGCUCCCGGCGACGUCAUCGAGGCCGUCCCCAUCCUGACGACCCACCUGUGGGCCCGCGAGGGCGCCGGCACGACCCUCGUCCGCUGGCUCGAGCGCGCCGCCCUGUGGGGGCUCGGCGGACGAGGGGCGCGACGUCGAGCGGCGGCGAGGCGAUGCCGAGAGCAUGGCGAGGACGAGGUCGACUGGUCGAGGUUCGUCAAGGGGUACGCGGCGCCGGGCUUGGCGCCGCCGAGCGCGAGCCUGCCCGAGACGUCCCCCUCGGCGCCUGCCGCGCCUGUGGCAGCGCGCCUCCCCUCGCCGUCCCUACCCUCCCUCACGACCCUCGCGGCCCUCCCGUCCCGCCUGCAGGCCGCCACCCUCGCGCUCCCCUCGCGCCUCUCGCGCCUCCCCUCCCUCUUCCUCGCCCACCUCCAGCGCCUCCCCUCGCACCUCCUCGUCGUCGCCCGUCGCACCGCGCACCGUGCCCUCGGCGCCCUCGAGCGCCGCCUCCCGUCCUACCUCGCCCGCCUCGGCGCCGACGACGGCCUCCUCGCGCGCCUCGUCGGCAUCUACGCCCGCCCGGGCACCCUCGCCCCGAGCCCGACCGGCGCACUGCGCCCCAUCGGCCGCGGCGAGGUCGUCGACCCGGCGGCGCGCGACAGCGUGCGCCGCGCCGGCGGCGCCCUCGAGCGCUUCGUCGACCGGGUCGGCGACGGCGUCGAGGGCGUGUGGGCCGAGGCGAGGCGCAGGGCCGAGCGGGGCGCGAGCGUCGGCAAGAGUGCGGCAAGCGGGGUCGAGCAAGUCAAGCGGUGGGUCGUGCGGCGCGGUGGGCAGGGACCGGCCGCGGCGGGUCCGGUCAAGGUCGAGGACAAGAGGGCGUAGCCGCGCGACUGAAAACGUGACGUCGAGUUGUUCGAGU